AGCCCUCCGCCAGCCUUCAUGCGGUCUGAAGAACCAGCAGUGUUCCGCCGUGAAAAUGCAUGCUCCCCGGCUAGGAAAGUUUCAUUUACAAUCUCGGACUAAGUGAAUGUCUGGAGGCUCGUGGUUGGGCAGAGAAAAGCAACAGCAUGACGGCCAAGAAAACCGCUUUCCAGCCGUUGUCCAGCUCCCGCAUCCCAGCGGAGAGGAAGGGAGCGGCUGAGCGCGUUCCUAACCCGGAGUGCUUUGACUUUCCCCCGCAGGAGCCAGAGAAAGCAGCGGCGUCCGCCUCGGGGCUUCCCGCAGUGGGGGCUGUCGGGGGCUCGGGGCCGGUGGUGGACGAGUCAUCCGACAGCGAGGGAGAGCAGGAAGGGCCGCAGAAACUCAUCAGGAAAGUGUCAACCUCCGGGCAAAUACGAAGCAAGACAAGCGUGAAGGAAGGGCUGCUUCUGAAACAGACAAGCUCAUUCCAGCGUUGGAAAAAACGUUAUUUCAAGCUACGGGGACGGACGCUCUACUAUGCUAAAGAUGCCAAGGCGGGUGGCGUUUUGGCCCGCUGGCAGUAUCGGGUCUCUCGUAGCCGCGUGUGCUGGAGGGUGCUUUCCGUGUGCUGGACCGGUGCCCGCCGUCCGCCGCCCGCUCUUGGCGCCAGUGGAUCGGAGGAAGGCUUGGUAGCGAUUCGGUCUCUUAUUUUCGAUGAGGUGGACCUUUCAGAUGCCAGUGUUGCCGAAUCAAGCACAAAGAAUGUCAACAACAGUUUCACGGUAAUUACACCGUUUCGAAGGCUUAUCCUGUGCGCCGAGAACAGGAAAGAAAUGGAGGACUGGAUCAGCUCGCUGAAAUCGGUUCAGUCCAGAGAGCAUUACGAGACGGCACAGUUUAAUGUGGAACAUUUCUCAGGGAUGCACAACUGGUAUGCCUGCUCCCACGCUCGCCCCACCUUCUGUAAUGUCUGUCGGGACAGCCUCUCAGGGGUCACUUCUCAUGGCCUCUCUUGUGAAGUGUGCAAAUUCAAAGCCCACAAAAGAUGUGCAGUCAGGGCCACUAACAACUGCAAAUGGACAACAUUGGCCUCUAUCGGGAAGGACAUUAUUGAGGACGAGGAUGGGAUUGCAAUGCCACACCAAUGGCUGGAAGGCAACCUGCCGGUCAGUGCAAAGUGUGCUGUUUGCGACAAAACAUGUGGCAGCGUGCUGCGCUUGCAGGACUGGCGUUGUUUGUGGUGCAAGGCCAUGGUGCACACGGCAUGCAUGGAUCUCUACCCCCGCAAAUGUCCCCUUGGCCAGUGCAAAGUGUCUAUCAUCCCCCCCACUGCCCUCAACAGCAUCGACUCAGACGGUUUCUGGAAGGCCACGUGCCCUCCAUCAUGUGCAAGUCCACUCCUCGUGUUUGUCAACUCAAAAAGUGGAGACAACCAAGGGGUAAAAUUCCUGCGUCGCUUCAAACAGCUGCUCAAUCCUGCUCAGGUCUUUGACCUGGUCAAUGGUGGACCUCAUUUAGGGCUUCGCUUGUUCCAAAAGUUUGAUAACUUCCGGAUCCUUGUGUGUGGUGGAGAUGGAAGCGUUGGUUGGGUCCUGUCUGAAAUCGAUAAACUAAAUCUUCAUAAACAGUGCCAGCUGGGUGUUCUGCCAUUGGGCACCGGGAAUGACCUAGCACGGGUGCUAGGUUGGGGGCCGUCAUGUGAUGAUGACACUCAACUGCCUCAGAUACUGGAGAAGCUGGAGCGAGCUAGCACCAAAAUGCUGGACAGGUGGAGUAUAAUGACGUAUGAGAUUAAAAUACCUCCCAAACACAGCUGCCCCGCCACGCCUGAGGAGGCAGAGGACGGCCAGUUACAGAUAUCAGCUUAUGAGGAUUCAGUGGCUGCUCAUCUCACAAAGAUUCUGAACUCAGAUCAGCACUCAGUGGUCAUAUCUUCAUCAAAAGUAUUGUGUGAGACGGUGAAGGAAUUUGUGUCCAGAGUUGGAAAGUGUUACGAGAGAGGCAGCGACAGCUCAGAAGAAUCCGAUGCAUUGGCUCUUAAAUGUGCAAUGCUGAACGAGAAGCUGGAGUCGCUCCUGCAGACGCUGAAUUUAGAGGCUCAGGUCCUGUCGCCCGCAGCCCUCACCACACCGCCCAUCGUGGAGGAGGAGGUGGAGGAGGAAGAGCUGGAGGAGGAGGAAGAUCUGAGCGAAGAGUCUCUAACAGAGCUGAAGGAGAACGAGACGGAGAAAGGCUCCGCUCAUAAACUCUUCAGACCCAGAGAGCAGCUGAUGCUGAGGGCCAACAGCCUGAAGAAAGCCCUCAGACAGAUCAUCGAGCAGGCUGAGAGAAUGGUGGAUGAACAGAAUGCACACACAGAGGAGCAGGAGCUUCAGUCUCCUUCUGACUUCAGGAAGGACAGCGAAGAGGAAAACAAAGACAACGAGAAGGACGAGGACACUAAAGAACUGGAAACUCUGCCUUUGGCGAAGUCUCCGUGUUCUCCUCCAGAGAGACGCAUCAGUCGCAGCACACAGUCCUGCGGAUCCUUCUCCAUCACUCCCUUCACCACAAGCAAAGAGAACCUGCCCGUUCUCAACACCCGCAUCAUCUGUCCCGGUCUGCGGGCAGGUCUCGCUGCCUCCAUCGCUGGAAGCUCUAUAAUCAGUAAGAUGCUGCUGGCCAACAUUGAUCCGUUUGGUGCCACGCCAUUCAUAGAUCCUGACCUGGAUUCACUAGAGGGCUAUUUGGAGAAGUGUGUGAUGAAUAACUACUUUGGGAUCGGCUUAGAUGCAAAGAUCUCACUGGAGUUCAACAACAAGCGUGAGGAACAUCCGGAGAAGUGCAGGAGUCGCACUAAAAACAUGAUGUGGUAUGGUGUUCUGGGGACAAAAGAGCUGCUGCAGAGGACUUAUAAGAACCUGGAACAGAAAGUUCAGCUGGAGUGUGAUGGCCAGUACAUCCCACUCCCAAGUCUCCAAGGAAUAGCUGUGCUGAACAUCCCAAGCUAUGCUGGGGGAACCAACUUCUGGGGCGGCACUAAAGAGGAUGACAUAUUUUGUGCCCCUUCAUUCGAUGAUAAAAUUUUGGAAGUGGUUGCUGUGUUUGGUAGUAUGCAGAUGGCUGUCUCAAGGGUGAUUAAACUACAGCAUCACCGUAUUGCACAGUGUCGCACGGUGAAGAUCACCAUCCUGGGGGAUGAAGGAGUGCCUGUCCAGGUGGACGGAGAAGCCUGGAUUCAACCUCCUGGAGUCAUUAAGAUUCAGCACAAGAACCGGGCCCAGAUGCUGACAAGAGACCGGGCGUUUGAAAACACAUUGAAGUCUUGGGAGGAUAAAUUGAAAUACGACAAGCCUCCGCUGCGGCCACAUCUGUACCCUCAGCAGUCCGUGGAUCUGGCCACAGAGGAGGAGGCCACGCUCAUACAGAUGUGUGCCCGCGCCGCAGAGGAUCUCAUCACCAGGAUCUGUGAGGCUGCCAAAAACUACCAGCUUCUGGAGCAGGAGCUCGCCCACGCCGUCAAUGCCUCCUCACAUGCCAUUAACAAAACACAUCCCAAGUUCCCAGAGAGCCUGACAAGAAACACUGCCAUUGAGGUGGCCAGCACCGUGAAGGCCCUGCACAAUGAGACUGAGUCGCUGUUAGUAGGACGCGUGCCAUUGCAACUGGACCCUCCGCAUGAAGAGCUGCUGUCCACUGCGCUGCAGAACGUCGAGGUUGAACUAGGCAAGCUGGUUGAGAUCCCUUGGCUCUACCACAUCUUACAGCCCAAUGAUGAGGAGGAUCCCUCCCUCGAGUACGGAAAAAGAAACAGUCGGAGUGGCAUGUUCCGCAUAGUGCCAAAGUUCAAGAAAGAGAAAGUGCCCAAGAAGUCUAGCCCACAAUCAGUUCAGAGGUGGGGUACUGAGGAGGUGGCCAUCUGGCUGGAGCAGCUCAGCUUGGGAGAGUACAAAGACACCUUCAUCCGCCACGACAUCCGCGGCUCCGAGCUCCUGCACCUGGAGAGGAGAGACCUUAAGGAUCUGGGGAUCUCGAAGGUGGGCCAUAUGAAGAGAAUUCUCCAGGGAACUAAGGACUUGGCCAAGAGUUCGAUGGUGGACCUGUGAGACAUCAACACACAUUCCGUUCCUAAGCAGAAGACGAGUUGAAGCUGAGCUCUGCUUUCAGGAAGCACUUUGGAGUUGUGGAAUAGCUUGUAGAAAAAAAAGGAGCUAGGAAUGUUUGUUUUAGAGCAAAAACGCUGGUGCCAAAACGACAAGGAUUGUGUCAGAGACCUUUUUUAGACCCAUAGAAAAGCCCAUUCCGGCACAAUCAGGUAUGCAAUUCUCAUCAUGCACGCGACCCUCUGGCCUCUUUUACAAGAAUCAGAAUCAAGUAGCAGAACAGGACUUCCAAACAAACAGCGUUUUAUUUUCUCAGAUGAGCCGAGUGGCUCUUGUGGUAGAUGGCAACAAUAGGAGGGCGAUGUGAUGUGUCAGCAAUAUUCUGCUUUUGAAGCACUGUUUACAUUUUAAGGAGACAGGAGAAGGAGUAUCGCAAUCGAAUAAUGAGUUGCGGUGCAGUCCAGGAUAGGUCAACAGGGGUUUCCUUGGACAGUGACAUACUGAUGCAUGGUAUGCUUGCUAUAUUUGGAUAGCUAUUUUACUGCAUGAUUUGCGUCUUGUUUAUUUUUGUUUGUUUGUUUUAUGAAAUUGUACAAACUAACACUUGAACAAGUUUUAUAUGAAUUUAGUAUAAUCCCGUUUGUUACUACUGAAGCAUCCCUUUGGUCCUAGUAGACUGCUGGUUUUAUUUCCAAUUAACCGUCUGCAUGGAAACCUGGUGUCAAAUAGCAGUGUCACGUGCCAUAUUUUAUUGUCCCACGAGCUUUAUUAAUGUUUUAAAAUAGGACAUACAGUACAGUAGGUAAAUCUAUGUGAUAGAAGUACUAAAUUGAAUGUCCCCUGAAUUGUUUAUACAUUACCUGACAAAAGGCUUGUCGCCUAUCCAAGUUUUAGGAACAACGAAUAAUAACUUGCCUUCUAGUUAAUCAUUUGGUAUCAGACGCUUAUUUUACCAAAAUAAAAUGUGAUUAUGCCUUGAUUUUUAAUUAUUGAAUUAGGCUUUAAUUAGGCUCCCAUGAGCUUAGAGGACUGCAUUCAUGCAUCUCUGACCCAAACAACUUAUUAAAAAAGUCAUCUGGAAUGGUAAAGAAAGCGUUCUUGCAGGACUCCCAGAGUUCAUCGAGAUAAGUCAGAUUCAUCUCAAAUGCCUCCUCCAUCUUACCCCAGACAUGCUCAAUAAUGUUCAUAUCUGGUGACUGGGCUGGCCAAUCCUGAAGCACCUUGACCUUCUUUGCUUUCAGGAACUUUGAUGUGGAGGCUGAAGUAUGAGAAGGAGCGCUCUCCUGCUGAAGAAUUUGCCCUCUCCUGUGGUUUGUAAUGUAAUGGGCAGCACAAAUGUCUUGAUACCUCAGGCAGUUGAUGUUGCCAUCCACUCUACGCGCCCCCAUAUUAAAUGUAAACCCAAACCAUUUUUCCUUCAU